AUGGCUGAUGCACAAGAUGCACAAGAUGCAAAAUUGGAGGAUGUCAUCGAGGACACUAUCAAGGAGCUGAUCUCCACAGGGGACAUCAAGGCGAAUCGGGCUCUGAGGCAGAAACUGAGACCCCAUGACCCGAGCGACCUGGACUUUGACUUUCAGGAGGACUUCACUGAUGAAGAAAGAGAUUCUUCUCCAACAAUGGAAGAUCCACCUCCAUUGUUUCAUCAACAACUGGAAGACGGCAAGAACCUGGUGCAGGCUUUUUCCAAACCUAUUUAUUGGCCUAACACCUAUCAUCAUAAGAAUGAUCCAGAGUUUAAAGAGGUGGCCAAAAGAAUUCCGCUGGAACGGCUUGUACUGGAAACGGACGCCCCCCACUUCAUUCCUCCAUGGUCCCGCUCGAGCUACAGCAACCCAACAAAUGCCCGCCUAGUCGCCCACGAGGUUGCCUGCAUCCGACGGAUGAAUGAGGAAGAUGUCCGGACACAUUGCCUGCGCAACACCACAUUUCUGUACGGCCCCAAAAAGAUGCAAGAAAAUGAUCCUGCAUCCACCACCAUUCUUCGUCUGCAACAGGAAAACAGCGACCUGCUGCAGACCAAUAUCCAGUUGCAGAGCCAGCUGUGCGACUCCAGGGGCGAACUGGCUAAGGCCAAGAAUUUAACCACUGGUUUCUUCCACGAGAAGGUGAACAACCUGAUCAGUUCCAUCGACAAAAACGCCGUCGACCUCUCGGUUGAUAUCCAGCGUGACUGUAACAGCACACUCUCUUCAUUUCAACCAGUCACAUGCAACGACGUCAAAAGACUUAUUUUGAAAUCUGCUACUAAAUCUUGUACACUGGAUCCAAUUCCAACCAGUCUUCUCAAGCAAUGUCUGGAUUCAUUAUUGACAUCUAUCACCCGUAUCAUCAACGCAUCCCUAGCGUGUGGCCUUAUGCCUGACUCCCUCAAAGAGGCUCAUGUUACUCCUGUGCUCAAGAAGACCACUUUGGAUCGGCACGAAAUAAAGAAUUAUCGGCCGAUUUCAAACUUGAAGUUUCUCUUCAAAACCAUUGAGCGAGCUGUUGUGACACAGCUUACUGACUAUCUUGAUGAACACAGUCUUCAUUCACCAAUGCAAUCUGCCUACCGACUAUUUCACAGUACAGAAACAGCCCUGCUUCGCAAUCAGAACAACCUCUUGCGAGCUGUAGAUCAACAACAGGAGGCGGUUCUUAUCCUGUUGGAUUUCUCCGCGGCGUUUGACACAAUUAACCAUCAACUUCUCAUCCAACGUCUGCGUGAUCGUUACGGCAUCACUGGAUCCGCCCUUGAUUGUUUCCAAUCUUAUCUUCAGGGUCGGUUGCAAGCUGUAAGAAUUAGAGAUGUACUGUCGCAUAAGCACAUACUUGAGCACGGAGUACCCCGAGGAUCCGUACUAGGCCCAGUCAUCUUCACAAUGUACACUGCUCCCCUUGGAGAUAUUCUCAACGCUCAUGGAAUCAACUACAUGACAUAUGCUGAUGCAGAUAUACACUGCAACGACAGGAGCGUUCAGAAGCUACAUCGAGACUAA